GACAAUCAGAAUCCAACUCCAAGGUACUCUUGACGAGUACGGUUCAACAACUAAACAGCACAAAAAUAAAAAUCUCUAACAGACAAAGAAGACGAAAGUUCAUCGGCGUUUUCACGCUCGCCUCGGCCAGUAUCUCGUUGCAAUUGACCAGCUUUCCAUCCUCUCUGGCAAAACCAUUUUCCAAUGCUCGUCAACCAAGAUAGGUAGAUAAAAAGCGACGACGAAUGAGACGAAAUAUAUCGUUCGUCGUAAAGAGGUGAGCACGACGAUUAGGCAGAAAAGCACCGUUGUCCGCACGCUUCGGUGAUGACGUGAUAUCAUCAUGGUCACAAGAACAGAAGAUUUUGUCCUUUAAAGACAAUAUAUUUUACUUACAACCUAAAGUUUGACUCGAGCUGGAUCGUUAUAAAGUCGUAUGCUCUUGUGACAACCAAGCAGUGUUUGUGAAAGUACGGUGAGGCAAAUGUCUUACUUAUUGCUGAGGAAGUAGCUUUAAAAAUUCUGAGCUAAAUAAAAACGAUCGAGCGGUUGAAAUAAUUCCCACAAAGAUGGCAGAGGUUGAUCCAGAAACCUUGCUCGAAUGGCUAAGCAUGGGUCAGGGUGACGAAAGGGAUAUGCAACUUAUAGCUUUGGAGCAAUUGUGCAUGCUGUUGCUUAUGUCGGACAAUGUCGAUCGCUGUUUCGAAAGCUGUCCACCAAGAACAUUUCUGCCGGCUUUGUGUCGCAUAUUUUUGGACGAACUAGCCCCAGACAGUGUUUUAGAAGUAACGGCACGGGCGAUUACCUAUUAUCUCGACGUAUCUGCAGAGUGCACUAGGCGAGUGGUUGCUAUGGAAGGGGCUAUCAAAGCCAUUUGCAGUCGACUCUUGUGUGCUGGUCUUGGCUCAAGAGCUAGUCGUGAUCUAGCCGAGCAGUGCAUCAAGGUUCUGGAACUAGUCUGCGCUCGAGAGGCAGGCGCGGUAUUCGAUGCCGGGGGCCUCUCCUGCGCUCUCUCCUUCAUCCGCGAGCACGGGGCCCAGGUUCAUCGCGACACCCUGCACUCGGCAAUGGCCGUGGUCUCGCGGCUCUGUGGCAAGGUCGAGCCCCAGGACAAAUCGUUGCCGGACUGCGUCGAGGCCCUCUCGACGCUUCUACGACACGAGGACGCCCACGUGGCCGACGGGGCUCUGCGCUGUUUCGCCUCCUUGGCCGAUCGGUUCUCCAGACGCGGCACCGACCCUGCGCCCCUCGCCUGCAACGGCCUCGUGUCCGAGCUGCUCUACAGACUGUCGAACGCGGCAGGACCAACGUCAUCGGUAAACAGUACUCCUGGGAAUGUGAAGACUCCGUCGACUCCAGGCGUAACCUCGUCGUCGAUCCCGGCCUCCGAGGUGAAGUCCUGCGCCUCAGUCUCCACAAUCAUCAGUCUCCUGUCGACCUUGAGUCGGGGCUCGGCCUCGAUAACGUACGAUCUGCUGCGCUCGGAGCUGCCAGACGCGAUCGAGAAGGCACUGAAGGGUGACGAGCGCUGCGCCCUGGACUCGAUGCGCUUGGUGGAUCUGCUGCUGGUACUAUUGUUCGAGGGCCGCUCAGCCUUGGGCCGGGCGAAUGCGAGUGCUGGCUCCUCGGGACCCCUACUUCCGAGGCUGAGGCGGUUGGACAGCGCGGGCGAGAAGAGCCACAGGCAGCUUAUCGAUUGCAUACGCUCGAAGGACACGGACGCGCUCAUCGAGGCGAUCGAGUCUGGCGGUAUCGAGGUGAACUUCAUGGAUGACGUCGGGCAGACCCUCCUUAAUUGGGCCUCGGCCUUCGGCACCCAGGAGAUGGUCGAGUUCCUCUGCGACAAGGGCGCGGACGUUAAUAAGGGCCAGCGCUCCUCGAGCCUCCAUUAUGCCGCGUGCUUCGGCAGGCCGGCCAUCGCCAAGGUCCUCCUGAGACACGGAGCGAAUCCAGAUCUGCGGGACGAGGACGGCAAGACGCCCCUUGAUAAGGCACGAGAGCGCAUCGACGAAGGCCACCGCGAGGUCGCGGCGAUACUCCAAUCGCCGGGCGAGUGGAUGCUACCGCCCGCCGGCCAAGACGAUCGCAAGCACGAGAGCGACGUGAAGGAAUUCGCGGAACCCAAGGGCGACCCGGAAAUGGCACCCGUCUAUCUCAAGCGGCUUCUGCCCGUUUUCUGCUCGACCUUCCAGUCGACGAUGCUGCCGAGUGUCCGCAAGGCCAGCCUCAGUCUCAUCCGAAAGAUGGUUCAUUACAUACAACCGGAGCUUCUCGCGGAGACCUGCGGCGCCGACAAUACGACCGGCUGUGGCGCCAUGCUCGUCGAGGUCAUCGCCAACGUCCUUGACAACGAGGAGUAUGAUAUAAAAGCAAGUGUCCCGUCGUCGAUGAUGGUGUCGCCGCAGCCUCCGUAUGUCGAACCGUUUAUCGGCCCCAAAAUGCCAUUUUCAUCGCGCAAGUUUUCCCAGUACUACAUUGUCGCCAAGACGGAGGACGAGGACGGGCACUUGGUCGUUCUCCAAAUGAUACAAGACUUGAUGGUAAAGGGUAAGGACGAGUUUCUCGAGCACUUUGCUCGACUCGGGGUCUUCUCGAAGGUGGGCGCAUUGGCAGGACCUCAAGAUGUCCCAAUCGAGCCCGAAGCCGAGCCCAGCAGCAGCAUGACAGUCACCGGUGACGAGUUGAAAAUCGAAGACGCCAAGGAGUUGCUGAUCGGCAAGGCGUAUCACUGGAGGGACUGGUGCGUUUGUCGAGGUCGGGAUUGUCUUUACGUCUGGUCGGAUGCCGCGGCCCUGGAAUUGUCCAACGGCAGCAACGGCUGGUUCAGGUUCAUCCUGGACGGAAAGCUCGCCACGAUGUAUUCUAGUGGGAGCCCAGAGGGUGGCACCGAUACCGGCAAUGGAAAGGGAGGGAGGAAUACCGAGUCACUUACUACCGAAGAAAAUCGUGGAGAAUUUUUGGAAAAAUUGCAGCGGGCCCGUACUCAAGUGAAGCCAAAUUCCGUCAGUCAACCGAUUCUUUCGCGUCCUGGAUCAACGAGAUUAGUUAUAGGCAAUUGGGCACUUUCCAGUAAGAAGGAAAGCGAACUUUGUAUUCAUAACAGCGAUGGCCAACAACAAGCUACUAUUUUACGUGAGGAUUUACCGGGUUUUAUUUUUGAAUCGAAUCGAGGAACGAAGCAUUCGUUCACGGCCGAGACAAGUCUUGGUCCAGAGUUUGCCGCUGGUUGGGCCGGGAAGCGCGGCAAGCGAUUACGAUCUAAGAUCGAAGCCAUAAAGCAGAAAGUGAAAAUCCAAGCUCAAGAUAUUUACGAGUGUUAUUUUAAAGCAGCGCAAGCACAGCCUCGCGGCGUCGUUGCCAAACUCGGGGCAAUCGUCGUACAAAUUGAAAAGGCGUGUCACAAGCAACAGCAGCAGUCCGGGAGUCGCGAGUGGCGCGCAAUAUUGCAAGGCGCCCUCGACGAGCUAAAAGUUUUGUUGAACGAGGAAGGAAAGGUUUCAGCUUACGAAUUGCAUUCAAGUGGUCUUAUUCAAGCGCUUUUGGCGCUACUGGCCGCACCGCCCAAUACUAGCGCCCAACAUCUAUCACCUCGAAUGAAUAAGCUAAGGUUGCAGAGGAUAGCUGUUUUUAAAAGUUGUUUUCAAACAAGGGAUACCACAAUGGCCGAUAAUUUCGCCAAGGUCCUUGUUCAAAAGCUCGUAUCCGUAUUAGAGUCCAUCGAAAAGUUGCCCGUUUAUUUAUACGAUACACCGGGAUCCGGAUAUGGUUUACAGAUUUUAACAAGACGGCUAAGGUUUCGAUUGGAAAAGGCUGCGGGCGAGAGCGCCUUAAUAGAUAGAACUGGCAGGAAUCUCAAAAUGGAACCGCUUAGUACCAUACAGCAAUUAGAAAAUCAUUUGCUAAAAAUGGUCGCCAAACAGUGGCACGAUCACGAUAGAGCAACAUUUACUUUUGUUAAAAAAUUAAAGGAAGCAAAUAGAUUAACCUUCAAGUAUCAGCAUGAUUUUGAUGAAAAUGGAGUCUUGUAUUGGAUAGGAACAAAUGCAAAAAUCUGUCCCGAGUGGGUGAAUCCUGGCCAAUACGGUCUUGUCGUAAUUACUUCGAGCGACGGUCGUAAUUUACCAUACGGACACCUUGAAGAUAUUCUUAGUCGAGAUCCGUCCGCUAUGAAUUGUCACACCAAUGACGAUAAAAGGGCUUGGUUCUCCAUAGACUUAGGAGUUUGGAUUAUACCGACCGCUUAUACUUUAAGACACGCGAGAGGCUACGGUAAAAGUGCUUUAAGAAAUUGGAUGCUUCAGGCAUCGAGAGACGGUUUCAAUUGGAUAACGCUUUAUACUCACGUAGAGGAUUGCUCGCUGAAUGAGCCUGGUAGUACAUCAACGUGGACACUAGAGCCAGGACUAAUUAGUGAAGAAUCUCAGGGCUGGCGUCACUUGAGAUUACAGCAGACGGGUAAAAACGCCUCCGGUCAAACCCAUUACCUAUCGGUAUCGGGUUUCGAGGUUUACGGAGAGGUUACGGGUGUAUGCGAAGACUUAGGUCGCGCUGCCAAGGAAGCCGAGGCCUGCGUGCGCAGGCAAAGGCGAUUAAUCAGAUCUCAAAUAUUGCGGCAUUUGAUUGCUGGAGCAAGGGUGGGACGGGGUCUCGAUUGGAAAUGGAGAGAUCAGGAUGGAGUACCACCAGGUGAAGGAACUGUGACUGGAGAGCUCCACAAUGGUUGGAUCGACGUUACGUGGGACAAUGGGUGUUCAAAUUCUUAUCGCAUGGGUGCGGAGGGAAAGUACGAUCUCAGAUUGGUUUGCAUAAGUGGUAGCACGAGCAUCGAAUCGUCAGCUGACAAUAAUACGAAAUGCAAAAAUGGCACUGGAGUCUUAACGGGGCGCAAGUCCAACAGUACGCCUAGUUUACCCGAUUACUGUACGGAUACGGGAAUUCGCUGCUCCGUCGCUUCGACCGAUCAAGCAGGGAGCGCCGAUAAUCUUGCGGCAAAACAGGCAGCUGAAUCAAUUGCGGAAAGUGUCCUUUCGGUGGCCCGUACCGAAGCCGUGGUAGCCGUGACCGGGGAAAGCGGCGUUAAUUCAACGGGGGAACUGUCGGUUGUGCUGCAUCCGCGGCCGGACACUACAACAGUAACGAGCGAUUUAGCAACGAUCGUCGAAAGCUUGGCUUUAAAUACCGAUUGUCCGUCGGCCACGUCUGGCAAUGGCAACAGCAAUCGAACGUCAAACAGCUCAAAACCUCUGCUCUCGACUGUUCGCGGUGGUAACAAGCCGGCGAGUGGUUUCUUCAGUCUCGAAGCAGUUGAAGUACUGGAUCGAAUGCGCGAGGGAGCGGACAGAUUGCGAAAUAAUACCAAUAGUUUUUUAAGUGGCGAGCUACUUGGCCUAGUCCCAGUGAGGAUCAGCGUGUCCGGUGAAGCUGAUGAGAAUUCCACAAGAAUACGACCCGCCCCGAGAAAUCACGCGUCCACGGCUACGGCUAUAAACGCGGCCAAUAUCACGACCACCGGUCUCAGCGAAGGUUCGAAGGACUGCUGCCCACGCGACAAAGAAGCAAGCUCGUCGUCGCAGAAUAGCGCGGCUGGAUGCCCCGUCGUCGUUACCACCAAUCCCAUGUCCGUGUCAGUGCCGAAUCUUGCUUGUAGUGACACUAUAAACAAUACCCUGGAACCAGUAGCAGCAUCCGGUUUGUUAGAAACUUUCGCUGCAAUGGCCCGCAGGCGAACAUUAGGUCCAGCCGCUAGUCAACAUAUAGCAUCAAAUACCAUAACCAGUUCAAAUUCGCGAGGAUCAAACCCCGUUUCCAGUUUGGUCAGAUUGGCUCUGAGUUCAAAUUUUCCAAGCGGACUCCUUGGCACCGCACAAAGCUAUCCAAGCUUAACCAGCAGCAACCAAAUUUCAGGUACAACCAACUGUUCGGGAGCCGUUGGUAGCGGUGGCCUUGGACAAGCUCUUACGAUGUCCUUGACCAGUACUAGCAGCGACAGUGAAUUGGUGAGUCUUGAAGAGUUCUUAGAAGCGUGCGGAGAAGUUACAUUAUCGGGUGUGGGGACACGCACCGGUGGUGGCCCCACACUUCUUACGGAAUUAGAAGACGAUGAAGAUGGUGUUUUGGCCGAGGAGGAGGACGACAACGAUGAGAACGAUGAACAAGAGGUGGAUGACGACGAGGAGAACGAGGAGGAUGGCGGCGAUGAAGGCGAAUUCCAAGAAGUAAUGGUCAAUCGCAAUUUACUCGCUGCGUUUAUGGAAGAGCAGGCAGCGCCAGCGAGUAGCAAGAGACGAGCCUGGGACGAUGAGUUUAUAUUGAAACGUCAAUUUUCCGCGCUGAUCCCAGCCUUCGAUCCGCGACCCGGGAGGACGAAUGUCAAUCAAACAACGGAUCUGGAAAUUUCUCCGCCGGGUAGCGAGCCCAGGAUAACAACGCACGUCGGCUCAUCGACAACGACUGGCCCAAAGCUAUUGCUUUCCUUGAAAGGGCCUGGCCUACCGGGAGUUCCUGAUGUUGAGAUACCGCUGGCUGAGCCGCACACUAGCAUCUUCCAAUCUGUACAGCAAUUAAUGCAGCUCGCUGAAUUGGGAAGUAAGCAAGAGAGGCUGAGGAGAAUAUGGGAGCCAAUAUACACCAUAAUAUACAAAGAGGCUAAAGAAGACGACUUGUCGGGUCGGACAACUCCAAUAGCAAAUUUGUACACUCGCAAUAUUAACCAAAACACGAACGGCUGCACCGUCGAGGACGUGUUGCAGUUGCUGCGUCACGUGUAUGUGCUGGGUAGUGGUGGCAAUGCGGGCAAUCUUAACAGUAGCAAAGCGAUGCAGACGCAGCAGGACGACAAUAUCGAUCACAACUGGGUGCACCCGGACGACUUUACCUCAAAGAAGAUCACAAACAAGAUCGCCCAGCAGAUCCAAGAUCCGCUAGCUCUCGCUGCCGGGGCUUUACCAAGCUGGUGCGAGGAACUCGCCAGGAGUUGUCCUUUCCUACUCCCUUUCGAGACGCGUCGUCUCUACUUCAGUUGCACGGCCUUCGGGGCCUCGCGUUCGAUCGUCUGGCUACAGACGCAACGUGACGCGGUCCUCGAGAGGCAGCGCGCGCCCGGACUUAGCCCGCGACGAGACGACGUGCACGAAUUUCGCGUCGGUAGGCUGAAACACGAGCGCGUUAGUGUGCCGAGAGGCGACAAACUUUUGGAUUGGGCCGAGCAAGUACUCAAGGUACACGCAAAUCGCAAAAGCAUACUCGAAGUGGAGUUCGUCGGUGAAGAGGGUACGGGCUUGGGUCCGACCCUCGAGUUUUUCGCCCUCGUUGCGGCGGAACUUCAGCGCAAGGAUUUGGGCUUAUGGCUGUGCGACGACGAGGAUUCUCGCGUGGACCAUGAAACGCGUUUCGGCUCGGAGGAUGGCGGCGAGCGUCAGCGCUCCGUGGGCUACUACGUGACGCGUCCGAGCGGAUUAUUUCCCGCGCCACUUCCACAGAGCUCCGAGGCCUGUGACAGAGCAACGCGCUACUUUUGGUUCCUCGGCGUGUUCCUGGCGAAGGUAUUACAGGACAAUCGGCUGGUAGACUUGCCUCUAUCCCGUCCGUUCUUGAAGCUCAUGUGUCGGGGUGACAUUACGAACAACGUUAACGAGAGAAUUGGCUUGACGACGUCGAACGUCGCUACGCAAGAAAGUAUGUCGUCGAGUAUGACGAGUAGCUUUAUAUCGGAAGAAGGAGAGCAAGACGAGAAUAAGGAUGGUUUUAAUCUUGAGCCAGUACCUUGGUACGAUGGUAUUCUCGACAUCAACGACCUUGCUUUGGUCGAUCCUGUUAGAGGGGAAUUCUUAAAGGAAAUUCAGGGUUUGAUAACUAAGCGUGAGCGGGCUAUUUCGGAAGGACAUUCAUCCUCCGCGGAAGAUAAUUUUAUCGGAGAAACAUUAUAUAUUUCACAUCCUUCUGGAACGUCUGUACCCAUUGAGGACUUAGCUUUAUCAAUGACCUAUUCGCCUAGCUCAAAAGUAUUUAAAUACGAUUAUAUGGAAUUGAAGGAAGGUGGUGUAGAUAUUCCGAUUACGAUAGAAAACGCUAAGGAGUAUACCGAAAUUACGACUAAUUAUUGCUUCGACCGUGGUAUUGCUAGGCAACUCGAAGCCUUUAGGGCAGGUUUCUCUAAAGUCUUUCCCAUGGAAAAAUUAUACGCCUUUAGUCCUGAAGAAGUUAAGGCUAUGCUUUGCGGUGAACAAAAUCCACAAUGGACUAGAGAAGAUUUAUUAAAUUAUACAGAGCCAAAAUUAGGUUAUACCAGAGAAAGUCCUGGAUUCCAGAGAUUUAUCAAUGUUCUGCUAUCGCUCAAUGGUCUAGAGAGAAAAGCUUUUCUACAAUUUGCUACGGGUUGUUCUGCAUUGCCACCAGGUGGAUUGUGCAAUUUACAUCCUAGAUUGACAGUUGUACGAAAAGUUGACGCUGGUUCUGGAGGUUAUCCAUCGGUUAAUACUUGUGUACAUUAUUUGAAGCUGCCCGAGUAUCCGACAGAAGAAAUUCUCAAAGAACGACUUUUGGCUGCUACUCGUGAAAGGGGUUUUCAUUUAAAUUGAAAACUUUUCUGUGUAAACAUUGUUAUAAUUUUAAUAAUAAUAGAAGUGUUGGGUGAUCAUUUUGUAUAUCUUUGAGAGAGAAUAGAAUAUAAUAUAAAGUAUAAAGUAUAAAGAGUUAUGUCAAGUUCUGCUUUUUAACUUGAUGUAUGAUGUAUGUUUAUGUGCAUUCGCAUGCAGAAGCAUAUUUUACAAACUAAUUUUUCCUAAUCGUCUGAUUCAACUGUGUCCAACAAUAAUAAUGUAUUAUUUGGUGUGUACGUAUUGGGAAACUGUUAAUAGCGGCAAGCUAUGUAGUUGGUGAUUUUUCUACGCUUGCGAAAAUAACUACAAACCAUGAGACUCGUCCACAUUACUACCUAAUAGUCGAUUUAUAAUUAAUUUUUGUAAAAUAUCACGACCAUUGUCUACAUACCCUCCUAUUGCUGAUUCUAUGCUUACUUCUAAUAAUAGAAUACGAACGUUUAUUACCUAUUUGAAUGACUUAACAAUUAUUAAAACAAAAAACAAACAAAAAAAAAAACAAAAUGUUAUAUUAAAUAGUUAAUAUAAUAGAAAACAAAAGUGAUGAAAGCUAGGUAUUAAACAUCACAGUGAUGAUUAUCAAAUAACCGCAAAGAUGUUACCAGACCAAGCUCGUGUGUUUCAAGUCUCGAUAAAUCAUUACACAGUCGAUAAUUGUGACUAAUAUUAUAAUAAAAUUAUAUUAAAUAUGUGUAAUGUAAAAUUUUUUAGUCAUCAGAAAAGUAGUAUUGGAAUAGGCUAAUACUAUUAAAUGCUACUCCUUAUCUUUAUAAAGGUUAUUAUUUAUAAAUCUAUAAUGAAAAUGGGGUUGACAAAAGUAGGUAUACCAGCAUCAAGUGCGUCAACAUUUACUAUGUUGAAAAUGUGAUGAAAAUUAUACAAGCGUUCGAGAAAGUAAAAGAGAAUAUUAAUACAUCGUCUGCGAUAAAAAUUAUUGCUAAUAUGGUGAUGUAAAUUAUUAUCAUC